UUCAACCGUCCGCGUUUCUUCCCUGGCUGGCUGCUGCCGCUGCUUGCUCGCUCGCUUGUCUGGCUGUCAUCCAGCUCUACCGAGAACGCUUCUGAUCUUUGCUUCCGUUUUGGAGACCCGUAUCUGGAGAAUGCCUCUCGUGUUCGUCGACUUGGAGUUAGCACGAUAAGCGAUUGUGCGCGAAACGAGCGAGAAUGCGACUGCCCGUCUUCGCGAUUUUCGAGGGCAAUCACGCUGCCCUGGAGGACAUGGCGGCGGGACGGGGGCAAGCGGGUGGAGGGCCUCCUCCAAAUUGUCAGAAAGUUUUUAUACAACGUGACUACAGCGAAGGCACUAUGGUUAAGUUCCAAACACGGUUUCCAACGGAACUGGAAAGUAGACUGGACAGACAGUCUUUCGAGUACACCAUCAAUCAGUUAAACAGUUACUUCGCGGAGGCAGAGAGACCCAGUUGCAGAACGUACUGCGAAGGCUGCCUGGCCUGCAUCACAGGUUACUUGCUAUACAUAUGCAAGGAGACGCAUUACGAAAAGUGUCUGCGAAAGGUAGCCAAAUUCGUCAGCGAGCAAAACGACAGGGUCUACAAGCCGCGCGGCCUCCUGCUCACGGACCCGACGACGCGCGGGCUCAGGCUAAUAGAGAUCUCGGUACUGGACCGACCCGCGUCGUGACUGCAUAUUAGCCGAUCCAGGGAGUUCUUCAUGUGACCCGCGCACUACUCCGGUAGUUACCUCGCCCGGAUCACGGACAUACACGCGCUCGUGAGUGCCUGCCGGCACAACUACGUCGCAUACCGCCUGGUUUGAGCCAGUUGCCAGUGCAAGGUGCAGGGAAUAGCGCAAAUAGGGCGAUAUCGCCCGCGUGAUCGACGGAGCUCCGCGCUAGUUUUGCUGAGGCAGCCGGUAGUUCUUCUCCGUUGAGACGACUCGCGCGUGACGUCGCGUUCUCGCAGGGCGCUCCAGGUAUAUCUUGCACGAUCAGUUCUUGCCGAGUGCGUGCGCAAUGAGCCCGAGCUCUCUCUUGCUCACGGGUCGAGCUUCGUACUUAGUCCUAAGGUAAACGUAGGUCGCGACACGUGAACACGACCAGAUCUGUAACGCGUAGGACACGAUUUGGGGGGUUUCACUGUCGCUGUAGAUUUAUCUGUCAAUCUAAUUAUGAUAACAAGCUUACAAGGUUGGCCUAAUUGCGACAAGAGAGCAUCGUGUUCAUUGCCACGCACGAGGAGCGCGGGAGAAGGGGGGAGGGGGUGUCUCGAUCUUAACGGCAGCUCCUGCACUCGAAAGAGGACGAGUAUCGAAGCGUGGAUACGUAACGAAAUCGUGGCACUCUAUAAGUUCAAUUUUCUAUAUAUGCGCGUACAGAGAAGUAACAUACGAAAGUACAUAAAGGUAUACGUAACGGGUCGGUGUGCGGGACUGUCGGCAAUAGAGAAUACAAAAAAAAACUUGGUCGUUUGCAUUUAUAUAUAUAUAUGUGUGUAUAUAUAUAUAUAUGUAUAUAUGUGUAUAUAUAUAUAUAUAUAUAUAUAUAUAUAUAUAUAUGUGUGUGUGUGUGUUAUGUAUAUAUAUAUAUGUUAUGUAUAUAUAUGUAUAUCUUUUUACUGUUCAUGUAAUAAUUACAUAUAUAUAUAUAUAUAUAUAUAUAUUGUGCACGAGAGAACAAUGCAAAGAGUAAUUUGCGCGAAUGCCGUCACGCUGACUCGCUACGCAUACAACGAGGUCUACAUAUUUUUUUACUGUUCAUUUACGACUUUAUCGUCGCCUGCAUUUAAUUAACUAACUUUAACGCGAACAAAGCGUACGCCUGCGCGUCGAAUUAUUUAGCGAGGACGGCGUUCGACUUCGAUAACGGCGCGUAUGAGCGCAUUUCGUUGAUGUUCCACGCGGAACGAGCCGGGAAACUUCGAUCUUAGAUGAGUUUCGCUCUCGCCGAACGCCGACGGAUGAUUUUGAGUUUUCUUCCGCGAUGUAUCUUCCAUUGUGCGCGCGUGAAAGCGUAAGUCGUUUGUCGGCGCUCGUCGUUUUGCAAUACGUACGUACACACACCGGGUCGAAGUGUUUUGUUCGUCGGGCGGAUGAACGCCUCUCGACAGCAGAGAAAGAGAGAAAGGAGAAAAGUUUGCGGAUUCGAUCGAAAUUACUGGCACAAAUUUGUUGCGCUGAAGAAACCCAAGGAUUGGCUAAGGGAAAUUCUGUAGAAAGCGGUGAUAUAAGUAGGUUUACGUUCAAUCGAUUCGGCAUUGUGAUCAAGGAUAAGUCCCGGAACCAUUUGCGACGCAGCGCGCGAUGUUUCUGUUUCUUCUCCUCCUUUUUUUACGCGCCGUCCCGUUGAAGCAAUCGCAAACUGAGAACAAUUGUUCGACAAGAAAUUAUCAAGCGGAUAGUUGCGAUUAAAUAUCGAUCAAUUUCUAUGUCCGACCAGGAGAUAUCCGACGAGAAAAAUCGGUUCUUAAUUUUUCCAUCGGUUCAUCCAAUGAGAUGCCAUUAUGACCGGAAGUAUCUGAUGAUCGGACAUUCCGAUCGGUUACGGAAAUUGAUUGGAACUUGACCGGGAAUAUUCGUAUCGAUAAUUUCCUAUCAGACAACUUCUCAGCGCGGACAUCCAUUCGGCCGUUGUCUCCGCCGGUUUUCGCCGUCGACGGUGCAGAUCGCCUUCUAAUUCCUUUCUUGUCAAUUAGCUGUAAAACGACAAUGAUCUCAAACGACGCAGCAUACCUGUGCCCAUCGUCGCUACUUCCUCGUGCGCGCACUUUUUCGAAGCCUAAAGUAUCGUAAUAAUGCAACAAGUGCCGUCGGAAGGGAACGCGUUACCGACAUUCUCGGCGCGUACUUACCUCUUACCAGGUACGUCGCGAACGUCGAACCGGUCUAUUCUCGACGAGUUCAAUUUCCUGACACACGCAACGGACACACACACACACACACACAACGUGAAACAACAAAGCAAAACUGGCACGUCGCGACGGACUUGAGCAAUCGAUUUUGCUUGUUUCCGCCGUGUCUCGCGGGAAUUGAAUUGGCCGAGAUUGUGUCGAGUUCUCCUCAAUUCUUGGUUGAUCGCUCGUGAUACUUGGCGCGACGUCGCGUACGUAAACGGUGAACGAUCUCUCUCGUCCUUGGUCACAAUGAAAACGCGGAGCCUAUCCGACGUUGUAGUGCGACGUCGCUAAAAGAAUCUUGCCAAAUCAGCCGCGUCACUGCCUCGGCGUCUGGAAAAGUGGAGAAGCAGAAGGCGGAGAUAGAGGAGGAAAGGAAGAGGGGAAGGAGGUAGAGGAGGUGGAGGAGGACGAACAAGAAACGGAGGAAUAAGUACGGAUAAAGAGACUGCGUCGAAAAAAAAAAUCUCGUUCGAACUCCAGAGAGAGAUCGUCGAGAGACGACUGAAGGGCAGACGCCCGAUUUCCGUGAUCGGUUCGAUCGACCACGGACACGACGAUCCCGGAAACGGGAACAGCGACAAAGGGGGGAGUCCCGGACUAAGGAGAGAGCUCUCGUUCCAAUUCUUUUGGACGUCGCAAUAUUACGUACAAUAGGGUUCUGACCUUAUGCAGCGCGCAUGCUUGCAUACAAUGUGUAUAUAGCGGAUUAAAUCGUCGACACACACACACACACACACACACACACAACACAACACGUACAUACAUACAUACAUACAUACACACACAUACACACGGAGCAACGAGAAGAGGAAGCAAACCAAGUUUGUUAUACUUAAUUUAACAGUAGGACCAAUAUGAUUGAUGAGAUCCGUAACUGUAAAAGGACACCAUCGUACGAGUGUAAUUUCUAAAUGUUUUAAUAAUAAAAGAAAAUGGCGUAAU